UCUGAAGUUCAGAGGAAUCCCAGAACCCAGACGAGAAGCAUCUUGGAGCAGCUGCUGUAGAACAAAAUGGAAGAUUCACCAGCUGGCAUGGACCUCAGCCAUUGUCGGGGACAGCCAGAGCCUACAGAUGUUCAAGAUGUUUUGACAGAUGGUAAUUCUAAUGCUUCCCAUGAAAUUGAAAACAUGGACAACAAUGAAGAUGCAAAGGAAUAUCAUUUAACUAACGGAGAAGGGGAAGAAGAAGAUGGCUUGCUUAAAGUCAAAGGUGAAUACACUGAAAAGGAAGAUGGCGCUUUGAAUUCUGAACCAAUGGAAACCCGAGAAGAGCCUGGGACCCUUUAUAACUGUCAGCAGGAGUAUGGAGAGUACGACAGCAUCGAGCUAGAGAGGCAUUCCAGGCCUUAUGACCUCAUCAGGCCAGCUAAUGGGAAGUUGAUUUGUCACAUUUGUGGAUUGCGCUGCAUCAGCCUCAACGUUUUGAUGGUUCACAAACGCAGCCACACUGGUGAGCGCCCUUUCCAGUGUAACCAGUGUGGAGCCUCCUUUACUCAAAAGGGCAACCUUCUCCGCCAUGUUAAGCUUCACACCGGGGAAAAGCCAUUCAAAUGCCACCUUUGCAGCUAUGCUUGCCAAAGGAGAGAUGCGCUCACUGGUCACUUAAGAACACAUUCUGUGGAGAAACCAUUCAAGUGUGAAUUCUGUGGACGGAGUUAUAAGCAAAGAAGUUCAUUGGAAGAACACAAAGAGAGAUGCCGGACUUACCUCCAGAAUGCUAGCCUCAAUGAAGCUGAAAGCGUGGAAGGAAGGCACAGCAAAAUCGAGAUGGGGACCGAACGAGCCCUUGUGCUGGACCGCUUAGCGAGCAAUGUAGCCAAACGGAAAAGUUCCAUGCCGCAGAAGUUUAUUGGUGAGAAACGCUCCAGCUUUGAAGUGAAUUACAACCCUAGCUUUGUGUACGAGAAGGAGAGGGAUGCCAUGCUACAAGGAUGCCUGCUGGAUCAACAAGCCAUGAACAAUUCCAUUGGCUACCUUGGUGCAGAAGCACUGCGCCCACUUGUGCAGACCCCAACGGCCCCAACCUCUGAGAUGGUGCCUGUGAUCAGCAGCCUGUACCCCCUUGCACUCACCCGCUCUGAAGUGGCCAAUGGGAACCCACAGGAAAUGGAAAAGAGCCACAUCCAGCUGAGAGAUAAGGCCGUAUCUUCUGACAGAGGUCUUUCUCCAAACAACAGUGGCCAAGAUUCCACAGACUCAGAUAGCAACCAAGAGGAACACCAGAGUCUUGCCUACCAUCAAAACCAAGUGGUCUCUCCUCCUUUGCAGGCCCGUAAUGGGCUUCUGGCCUACAAGGAACACCCCAGGUCAUAUGAGAUCUUCAGGCCGCCAGUUGUUUGUCCUCGUGAUGUCUUGAAAGUCUUCAACAAGGAAGGCGAACCCAUUGGAGUCUAUCGAUGUGACCACUGUCGCGUCCUCUUCCUGGAUUACGUGAUGUUCACCAUCCACAUGGGAUGCCAUGGCUUCCGUGACCCUUUUGAGUGUAAUGUGUGUGGCCACAGGAGCCAUGACAAAUAUGAGUUCUCCUCCCACAUAGUCCGUGGCGAGCACAGAAUGGGACUCAAAUGAGAGCAGAACUUCUCAGUCAGUUUCUGGAAGACUUGGUGCACAUCUACACUGUAACCUAAAACCAAGUUUGAGUAUGGUGUGGCUUCUUCCAAACAGCCCUGAGGGGAUUGUAACUUUGUAAAGAUGCUGUGGAUAUUUUUUAAAGAUUUCUUGCCUGCAUAGAUCUAUGGUCCCUAGUGUUCUUUGACUAAGAACCAGGGCAGUUUAAAAGUAGUUUACAUUUGUAAUGUAAUCAUCUCUUACAUUAUUAUUUUUUAUAGAAAAUGUGGAGAAAUAGUUUCAAUAUUUUUCUGUACCAGUUGUAAAUGAGUUAGGCCAGAUGGGCAGAGAAGCUGUGGGCCCUCUCAAUGUUGCUGAACUGCAGCUCCCAUCAUCCCUGACCAUUGGCCGUGCUGUCUGGAGCUGAUGGGAGUUGGAUUCCAGCAGUGUCUGGAGGGCCCACAGGUUUCCCAGCCUUGGGCUAGGCCCACAUUUGCACUGCAGACUGAAACUGUCAUGAUGCUCCCCCCCACAACAGUGCUUAAUUUCUAAAAAAAAAAAGGGGGGGAGUUGUCAGUGCUUAGUCUCUAAUAUUAAGUGUAUGGAGGUGGCUGGACAUGUCCUGUGGUGAUUGGAAAGUGCUUUGUGAAGGCUCAGAAAUGUUGCUCUUUAUCAUUUAUUCAUGUAUUCCAAGACCCAAGGUCAGCUGAUAUAAUCUGCAGAGUGAACUAAGAAAGUAGCUUUUCCACUUCAUGAUGGAAGUGUUAUAGCAACAAAGGAAGCUGCCUUUUAUCAGGUCACGCUGUUUGUCCACCUUGCCUGUUUUUGUAGGUCUCAGGCGGAGGGUCUUUCACAUUCCCCACUACCUGAUCCUUUUUUUUCAACUGGAAAAAAUUGAAGCUGGGGCCAUCUGCUUGCAAAGCAUGUGCUUCCACCAUGGAGCUAUAGAGACCCUGUCUGGGGGAGCUGCAUGCUUGAAUGGCUCACCAUAUACACACAAAAUAAUUCCCUGUGCAUAGAAUGGUAUCAUGCCAGAGACAAGGCUAGACUACAGCCCAUCUCCCUAACAUGCUGUUUUUCUGCGGGUGGAAGCGUUUUCUGUGGGAGAUCAGUCAGUCAGUCUGGUGAUCCCCUCCCCACCUGCCUGCUGCCUGAAGUGGUACCGUCCAGGGAAAGCUUUACCAUUACAUUCUUCUCUUGGGGCCCUGGCAAUGAAUAGGGUUCUUGGGCUAAGAACACCACAAUCUGUGCCUCAAACUGAGCCCUAUUGUAUUUCUUUAAACAGAUAAUUCUCAAUGCCGCAGUUCCCAGUGCUCCUUAGUGAGGAGGGUGCCAUUGCCAUUAAAUCAGCUUGUUUGUAGUGGAGAUGUUACUUUAAUCCCUGUUACCAGCAAAGAUAUAAAAGUCGUCCUUGUAGCACUAAUAAGCCUUUUUUAAAAAGUCUUGCUAACAGUCUGUGGUAUUUCCAUCCAAGCAUGCAUGCGUGUUUACAUCUCCUGCUCUCAAACCUCUCUCUUUCAAUUCAUACGUCAUUCUUCAGGAGCACCUCCAUUUCUGGACAUCUCGCUGGUCCUGCACAUUUAGGGUUGUCAGCUUGUGAUUUUAGAUAAUACUGAUCCCCUCCUUUAAAGAGCCAGAAGGCAGAGCUAAUGAAGAACGUGGCAAAUCAAGGGAUGGUGUGUGUGGGGGGGCUCAGCAAGGUGAGGACAGGAUCUGGUACUGAGUAGAUGUUAGAGCUUAGUCACCUUCUUAGACCCCAGUACUGCUUAGCAGACAAAACACUGAUUUACUGGUUGGACCAGUAAAAUACUAAUUGGCUGCCCUGAGUGACUAUCGUUAUCUAUAAAAGUGCAAUCCUGUACAUGUCUACUCGGAAGUCAGGAGGAAUGGAUCUGUUACUUUCAGUUCUCUCCGUUUCUCAUUCUCCCAGUCUUAAAUUCAGUUCUCUGCAUUUCUGCAACAAUUCAUGAUUUUUAAAAAAUCCUCAUGAAAAUUCUUCUGCAUUUUAGUGUGAAUUUUUCCUAACGAACACAUUUUUAAGCAGUUUUGACUAAUACAUUUUUACAAGCAGUUUAUCCUAAUAUAAUGCAUUUUGUAUGUUAUUUCCAGUAAAGUAUUCAUUUUUAUGCACACUUUACCCUAAUAUUUGCAUUUUUAUAAACAUUCUUUGGUUGGUGAACUGCAUUGCAACAUUCAGAUAAGGGUGAAUUUCAAAGGACGGCUGUGUUUCAGUUCUCAUAUUGUUUCAGAAAGUGCAGAUUUGAUAGAUUAGGCUUUAAAUGUAAACUAAAUUGAAUUUCUCCCCAUCCUUACUCAGAAAUAAAUCUGAUUGAGUAUAUACCAAAGGCACAAAUCCCCUUGCUUGAAAAGGGUGUGUGUGUUUGUCUUGUGUUGAUAGCAUGGCUAGUUACAGAAAGUUGUGAAUAUAUAUAAAAUAUGUAUUUUAAAAGUUGCAAGAGAUGCAAUUUAAUCCUGAGUAUAAUCAAAGUGGUAGGGCUGUAGCCACUGGAGAAGCAAGGGUCUGACCCCUUGGCCAUAUUCCAGGCCCAUUCUUUGAAGUGUUUAACUUUAAUUUAAAAAGUAAGCCUCCUGUUUUUACUAAUGAAAAGCAUGCAGGCAGUCAUUUCUUUUCAGUUGAAGUUGCCAGACUUUCAAUCAUAUUAGGCUACCUUAUGUUCUGGAACUUAUAUCCGAGUUCUGCCCCGUUAGGCUCUCUCAAAAACAAAAUUUCUGGCUAUAAGCCAAAGAGUGGGUCUUUGGGCCUUAAUGAAUCUUGGUGCCUCCUGCCCCAAAAGACAAAAUCUGGUUUUGGUGGAGAAAUUAAAAAAGAAUCUGAAAUUAAUGAUUACCACUCAGUUUCACCUAAAUUGAAAUUUUGAGACAUAGAGGCUUCUGCUGGGGCAAAAUGGCAGAGGAAUUUUGAAAGAGCAGAAAGAGUUUUAAUGAUUAGCCAAUUUCUCAGUGGGAAAGAUUCAGAGCAUAUCCUGCCACUGUUACUGUUGCCUAAUGUGAAAUUUCAAAGUGUAUUUGAACGUUCCAGCGAGGGUAAAACAUUCAAGGGAUUUUGAGGACAGCAAAAUGUGUUUAUAAAAGUCUAGUAAGCCUUCUCGCCAGAAUGGGGGAAGCCCUGUAUACGCUUGUAAAUCUUCCUUGGGAAUUGCUGUUGCCUCUGCUGGGAGGCAGGCCUCACACUUUGAGACCCCUUGGCAGAUUGAAGCCUCCACUGUUUUGUGAUAACAAGCCAUCCAACUGUGCUACCUGACUGCUGGAGACGGAGGAGCUGAGGGUUCCACCACCUUCCUUUGGGUCCUGUGAACAUCCUCUGCAUGAACAUUGCUGCUUCUGACAAAAGGCUACUUGUGACUGUUACUCUUCUGAAGCCAGUGUGCUGGCUGGCAUGUUUCUGCUUUAAAAAUAGGCCUCUACACCUGUUCUGUAGGUUUUUUGUGGUUUUUUGGAUGAUGAUGAGAACUUGAUAUCAAGUUUGUUGGGUGUGUUUGUUUCCAAAAAGUGUUGUCUACAAUGUAAAAUGAUUGAUUUAUUUUAAUACAAUAUGCUUUUUCAGUAUCCGUGGCUAUGUAUAUUUUACUUACUUUCCCUCCCAAGAUAAUGAAGGGGAAGGCAGGCACCAUUUGUGGACUGAACAGGAGCACAGCAUCCUGAGCCAGCAAGUGUAAUCCAUGUAUGGAUGGAUUUGCUCUAUAGUGUGCAAAAUCACUUGGGGUGCUUCCAGACUCCAGAGUCAGACAUAGGUGGCUUCACAACAUCCAAUCACUACUGUUCUGCUUUAAGCUGGAAAUGGAGUAGUGACUCUGUUUCCAGCAUUUUGGAAUCUAAACAACAUUUUGUAGCCUAGUAGGCAGUCCCUCUUUUCCAGCUCCAAAUGUUGUUACCCGGGGGGGGGGCAGUUUUCAUUGGUGCCAUGGUGUGAGAGGAAAAUGUUAAAUAUGCUCUCUUCCACAUUGUUGUUGCACUCCUAAUUGUGAGCCCACCCACUGCUAUUUUGGGAGGGGGAGAAGAGAAACAGAUGGAUCACAGACCACUUGACUGAGUGUGUCACAUGUAGUUCGACCAGCCUUCCCAAACCUGGUGCCCUCCUGAUGUUUGGGACUACAACUUCCAUGAUCCCUGGCCAUUGGCCAUGGUGGCUGGAGCUGAUGGGAGUUGUAGUCAAAAAAAUAUCAGGAGGGCAUCAGGGUUGGAAAGGCUGAGUUAGACCUUUUGGCUGCCUACUGAGUUCAGGGAUGAGGCAAGAUUUGAGCUGUGGACUUCCUGGCUGGCCUACACUCAUAGCACCUGGUAUAUUACACCAGCUUUUUAAAGUUCACAUGGAAUGCCCAUUUCCCAGUCAUUGUGCUCUCUUGGAUUGCCAUCAAAAAGCAGCAGGUGCAUCUAGGGAUCAGGGCUUUUUUAAAAGGAAAAUUUGGAACUUUACAGUGGUAUGUGAUUGUAAUUUAUGCUACAAGUCAACAAUGCAUUUUCCUUGUGUCUGCACAUAUUUGUGGCUUAGAGUCACUUUCCAUGACUGGGCAUUUGACAGCACGGAUGCAGAAGAGUGGCUUAUUAGAUCUUCACACCAGAGGCAUCAUUAAUUCCAAACAACUACAAACCCUGUCAAGAGUAGCAGUGGAGUCUGCAAGCAGUGUCUUUAAGAAAGGGAGGAGAAAUGGGGAUGAUUGUGGUCUGAGGUUCACUUUUCACAUUAUUAUCAGCCACUUUUUAUAUCAGCUAACAUAAUACAAGUCUUGCAUGAAUUUUUGAGCUGCACAAACUUUCUUUUGGAACUGUACCUUCUCAUCCUAGAACUGUACUUUUUGAGGCUGGUUGUUGCACGCUUUUAACUAGCCGUGCUAGGGGUUUUCCAGGUUAACAAUUGCAUCUUCCAGAAAGGGCAUACUUUUCGGAAGAAUGUAUACACAUCUGAACCAGUUCAUAGAAAGGUGAAGGCUGUUGCAUAGGGUUGUAAAAUCCAAAGAGUUGGAGGGCCAAAUUCCCCACCCAGCAUAUGCCUGAAUUUUUCACCUAAAAGUGUGUUCCAUCCCCAUCUGAUGAACAUCGAUUUUGCAGACUCCUCUUCCCUACCUUAACCACCCUCUGCACCCCAGCUGUUCCUCUGCCUUGGUUAGUCUCUUCUCAUCCCUGAGAAUUUGCCCUGCAGCCUUUUUCUCUUGUCCUUUCCUGUCAGCCACGUUGGCCCAAUCUGUGCCUUAAACCACCCACACACUCUUUCUGGCUCUGAGUGAGCCAGCAACCACCGGAAAGGUGAGAAGUUAGGUCCAUGGUUAUUUUUUUUUAAUUAUUUGAAUAGGUUUUCACAGCCCUUAGAAGACACUUUUCUAUCAUUUGCAAAGUGAGGAGGAGGGAAGAUUCAAGCAACACACAACAUUCUUUGCCUUCCAGCAGGUGCAGUCUUAUUUUGGAUUUCUUCCUCUGUGUAGCAGACAUAACACAAGGGAAUUAAUUGUUUAAAUCUGGGCGGGGGGGCGCUUAGGAUGGAGGCAGACAAUAGUUUAAGAUAGUUGCCAGUGGAAUGACAGAAAUAUCAUAAGAAAACUCAUAAUUCAGUGGGUUAGAGAGCUCAUACUUUGCGAGAAGGUCCCAGAUCCCUUGAAUUUCCAUCUUGAAAGGAUCUUAGAGAGGAUGGCCACUUACACACCACUGAAAGA